CCAUUGCCCCAAAAAGCGAGAAAAGCAGACAAAACCCGUUCUCUGAGUAGGGGACACCUUGUUUGUUGCCGCAGCCCUCAUCCAGAGUUUGCGGCAGACUUUUCCACAGUAAAGAAGACGGAUCGGAUUUUCAGUACCAACUAGAAAGUCCAGUUCGACCGACCGAGAUGUCACAGGAGCAUGACAAUAAACGUGCCGUCCUGGUUCUGCAGAACGAGGCGGGUUAUGGCGGCCAACGUCGUUCCUUCACCAACGAAGACGAAGCGUGGAAGUCAUUUCUGGAGAACCCUCUGACGGCCGCCACCAAAGCCAUGAUGAGCAUCAACGGAGACGAAGACAGCGCCGCAGCGUUGGGCCUCCUCUACGACUACUAUAAGGUGCCCAGGGAAAAGAGAACAAUACCUCAGAGCAAGCCAGACACACUGGUCUCUGAUGUGGAUCCCAACAAAAGACAUCAGAUUCAGGUUGGACAUCCAAUAGCCCCGCUUCAGGACGCCGGUAUGGAGAGCAGGAUUCAGGUCCUUAAGGGUCCGUUCAAUCUCCUUCACCUGGCUCAGGACAAGAGGGCCCAGUUCCCUUCACCAGACACGACUGUCACAGUUUCCAUCGCCGCCGUGCCAAACUUCCCGCCCAUCAAGACGGAGGUGCCCACCCACGGCUUCUCGGUGACCGUGCCGAACAACUGCGCCGAAACCGACGGCCACGUGGGCGUCUUCGACCGCCAGCUCUCCCACAGCGCGGUCCAGUUCAGCCCCAGCACCCAGUCCCGCACUCCCCCAGACUCCACCUUCUCAGAGAGUUUCAAGGAUAGUUCCCAGGAGGUGUUUACCUUCCCAGGGGAUCUCCAGUUACGUAUGGCCUCCAUGACGCCUGAGGACUACACUCAGUUUGACACCGUGCCGGGGAACAACUUUGAGUACACUCUGGAGGCCUCCAAGUCCCUACGUCAGAAAACAGGCGACGGAACGAUGACGUACCUCAACAAGGGCCAGUUUUACCCCAUCACCCUGAGGGAGGUGGACAACAAGGGCAUGCAGCAGCCCAUCACCAAAGUCAGGAGUGUGGUGAUGGUGGUGUUUGGCGAGGAGAAGUGCAGGGACGAUCAGCUGAAACACUGGAAAUACUGGCAUUCCAGACAACACACCGCCAAACAGAGGUGUCUCGACAUCGCCGACUACAAGGAGAGCUUCAACACCAUCGGGAACAUUGAGGAGAUUUCCUAUAACGCCAUUUCCUUUACCUGGGACACCAACGAGGAAGCUAAAAUCUUCGUCUCCGUCAACUGUCUGAGCACAGACUUCUCCUCUCAGAAGGGUGUGAAGGGCCUUCCUCUGAACCUGCAGAUUGACACGUACAGCUACAACAAUCGCAGCAACAAACCAAUUCACCGCGCCUAUUGCCAGAUUAAAGUCUUCUGUGACAAAGGAGCUGAGAGGAAGAUCCGAGAUGAGGAGAGGAAACAGUCCCGUCGGAAAGGCAAAGUGACCGAACACAACCCCAGCUUGGCCUUUGUGGAUGUCAAAGUCCCCAUCCUCCAGAAACGUAACGAUAUGACCAUUUUCAAGAUGAUGACUGACCUGGAGACCCAGCCAGUCCUUUUCAUCCCUGACAUCCACUUCUCCACCUACCAGCGACAUCCUUUCUCAACAGAAGAUGGAGAGGACAGCUCAGGUAUGAAGAGAUUGCCCUUCAGUGACGAUGACUUCGGCGCCCCUUCAAACAAGAUGAUCAGAGUGGAUGAACCGAAGAAAGUGCUUCUGUAUGUGCGUAAGGAGACAGAGGAGGUGUUUGAUGCCGUCAUGCUGAAGAAUCCCACGCUGAAAGGCCUAAUGGAAGCUAUUUCAGAGAAGUAUGAUUUGGCUUUGGAUAAGAUCGGAAAGGUGUAUAAGAAGUGCAAAAAAGGGAUUUUAGUGCACAUGGACGACAACAUCAUCAGACACUACUCCAAUGAAGAUACCUUCCAGAUCUCCAUGGAGGAGAUCGGCGGCAUGUACAAACUGAUCCUCACUGAAAUCUGAUGUGGACCUCAUGAACCGGACUAAACGGAGUCAUCAGGAGUAGUGGUUUACACGUCUAUAGAUCUGACUAUUUAAAAAAAAACAAAAAAAAAAACAAGGAGGAAUCAAAAACCAAUAGCUCUUAAAGUUCACCAGUUAUUAAAGUUUUACAUUUGGAAUAUGUCUAAAAUCUAAAUUAACAAGGAGAAGGUAUUUUUUGGUUGUUACGACACAUCUAUUUUGUAUUCUGUGACAACUUUGCUCAAAUAUCUGGGCCCGCUUUUGUGUAACUUUUUAAUUUGUGCAGAGCGUUUUCUUGCGCUGCUAUACCUCAUACUAUGCAAGCAGCAAGGAUUCUCCUCCAUCUGAAUCUUAUGAGCCUUUCCCUUACUAAAGCCAUAGCACUGAUGAUUGCAGUCUAAAAAUAAAUACAGCAAAUUGUUGUUGCUUGGUUACUCUUAAGGAGGAAACUGGGCCCCGGCCGUUCAGUGUAUUAAUACUUAACAACAUGGCAGUAUUUAGCGUGUACAUUAUUUUCAGCAUCGUACAAUUAGGGCAGAACCUUGUAAAUGUUCGUGUUACUGUUUAGCAUUUAGGAUACGUGUUAUAAAUUUUCCUCAGAUCAAUUAAACUAAUGGACUCUUUAAGUAUUAAAUAGGACGUCAAACUCAGUAGCCAUCCACUUUGUAGAGUAGUUGUCUGAAUGUCGAUGAAAUAGGUCAGUGAUUGUCCAGUACAGUCCAUUGGGGCUGUUCUGGAAGUGCAAUAUGAUGUUUAGAUCAGGCACAUUCAGAAAAAAACUCCUCUUUAUUGCCAUAAUUACACUUUGUAAUGAAUAUUAUCACAUAAGCAGAUUUUGUAAUGAAAAUAUUGUUGUAUAUAUCCAAAAAAAAAAAGAUCUCUGUGAUCUCUUCUUUUAUAUCUCAGUGCUAUUGUGUAUAUUUAUUAAGAGAACGGAUGUGGGUCAUUGUUUUUUUUUUGUUACAGCAUAUAUCUAAAUUUCUAUUAUUCCUAAUAAUAUAAUGUUUUUCUCAUGUUGUAUUUUAUAUGAAGUUCCUCUAACAUUAUACAGUAUGUCAAGGGUAACAAAGUUAACAUGUUCAUAAUUGUUAAAGUGUUGUGUUCUUAAUUCUUUUGAUGCACAAAGUGCUGAAUAAAAGCUCUGAGUAGCUGAUGUGCUCUUGA